AUACAGUCGGUAGCGCAGUCUUCAAUUUGUUUUACGUAACUGAUAAGCAAUUCCGCCGAUAAAUAUCAAUACAGAGAAAUAAGAAGCGAUAGUAUUUAAGAGAGUGUUAUAUUCAACAACUCGCCAUGAACCAUACGUGACAUAUGUGAAGUUUUGUAGUGACUGGCAAUAAAUAAAAAUGAAAUAUCGCACAGUUCUCUUAUUAUUUGCAAGUUUUUGUUUUCAACAAACUUCAUCUAAAGUAUUCACACGCUGUGGACUGACACAAGAGUUAUUGAAACAGGGGUUUCCGAGGAGCUUUGUUGGAAACUGGGUUUGUUUGAUUGAAAGCGAAAGCGCUAAAGACACCUCCAAAGUGACCAACAGAGCGAACGGAAGCAAAGGUCUGGGAUUAUUCCAGAUUAGCAGCAAGGAAUGGUGCACGUACAACACGCCGGGGGGCAAAUGCAACAUGAAAUGCGAAGAUCUGGUUAACGAAGAUAUUGCCGAUGACUCGUCCUGUGCUAAAAAAAUGCACGGGGAAUUAGGGUUCCGGGGCUGGGAAGGAUGGAAACGCAGCUGUUACCGAAGGAAAUUGCCGAUACCCAACUGCUGAAUUUUGUUUGUGGAUUUUUGAACAAAAGUUUAAAAUAACACAGCUUGUUCUUAAAGUAGGUUUUACUAGAUUCUUCGCUAGUCAUAUUCGAGGGCUGCGUAAUUUAAUUCAUGGAAUUAAACUGUUUACGGUUAAUAUUUACCAGUUUGACUCAAUAUUUGUAGUUCAUAAGUGCAUUAAAUCAAAAUAAACAUAACCCUAUCUAAACCAAA